AUGAUUAAAUCUCAAAAUAAUAAAGCCAUCAAUUUAUCAUAAUCUAUAUUAGAUGACAAUCCAGAAUUUUGGAUUCAAAGACCUUAAAUAUUAAUUCAAUUCUAGUUAUCAGAUGAACUUUUGGUUGUUAAUAGGAAUAGAUUAAUAUCAAAGACGAUAUUUUUUGGAAGUCAUUAUCUAAAGUAUGGAGAAGAAGUAUGAAUAAUUACUAUGAUUAAAAAGAAAUUCCUAGAUGUUAGAAAUCUCUUUAUGGAGAUGGUUUAUCAUCCAAGAACAUCUUAAUCUGGAUUUAGAUUAAUGAAAAAUGGUGAAAAACUGGAUGUAUAUGGUGACAUUCAGAAUUGGAUUGAUGUCUUAAAAAAGUAUACAAUCUAAACAAAUUUGUAACAAAAAUAUAAAAUAAUAAAGAAAAUUGGAGAAGGAAGCUAAUUUCAAGUAUAUAUAACUUUAUAUUGUUUAAAAAGGUAUUCAAAAUUCGAAAUAAACUAACUGGAUAAGAAAAUGCUGCUAAAAUAUAUGAUAAAUUAAAGCUACAUAAUUCACCCUACUUACUUGAGCUUAUAAAAAAACAAAUUAAUAUGAAAAGGCAAUUUGAGCAUAAAAACUUAAUUCGCAUAUUAGAAAUAUUUGAAAGUGGAAAUCAUCUUUAUGUAAUUGAAGAAUUAGUUGAAGGAGGAACUUUAGAAAGUAAAAUUUCAUCAACAACAUUUAAUUAAUAACAAAUUAUAUUAAUUAUAAAAUAGACAUUAAAUGGUUUAUAAGAAAUGCAUAAGAGAGGAUUUAUACAUGGUGAUGUUAAUCUAAAAGCAAUAGGAUUUAAAAAUGAAUAAGAUUUAGAUUCAUUGUGUUUAUUACAUUAUUCUAAAGUAAUGUAAAUAAACUUAGUAAGAAACUCAAAUAAAAAAAAUCUAAGUCAAAGACCUUCACUAAAAAAUGACAAAGCUCAUACUUCUGAUUUACAAUAAUUGGGUAUUAUUUUGAUUAGGUUACUUACUGGAUAUCAAUUUAAUUAAUUUAAUUUACCUAGUCAAAUGGAUGAUAUCAAAAGCAUUUUAAAUUUCUAAUAAACUAGUAAAGAAUUAGAAGUACUUCUAUAAUAAUUACUUUUGAUUGAUUUUGAAUUAUAGCUCAGUGAUACAAACACUCCUCUUGAAGUCUUAAAAAAUGAUAUAUUUAAAAAAUAAAUAGAGCCAUCUAAUUUCAUUUUGAAAUAUCAGAAUUUAAAUAAUAAAAGAAAAUUAAGUGAAUAAAGUAAUAAUAGUGAUGAUGAUGAAUCAAUGGAGAUUCGAUCCAGAGUCAAUACUUUACCAAAUAUUUAAGAAAGGAAAAGCGACUCAAGAAGUUUGUCCAAUAGAGCAAAAAAUAUGGUAUCUCCCUUAAAAAUAUCAAAAUUUAAUAAAAUUGAUUCAGUUAUAAAACCCCCUUCAUAAAACUCAUAAAGAAGAUCAAGUAAUCUUUAUUAACUUCCAAGAAUGAAUCUUAUGCCUAAAAUAAAAUAAAAAGCUUUAUGA